AUGUAUAUCAGGAUGUUGUUAGCCAGACCUUUUGUAAACAGUAUGAAGCAAUUGGUUCCUAGGACCAGGACAAUGGCAGCUCAGGCUGGACCUUUAGUGGACUUAUCUGUUGAUAAUGAUGGUAUAGCAAUAUUAACUAUGAAUCGACCACCUGUUAACAGCCUUAAUCUAGAAUUGUUACAAGAAAUAGGCAAGUCUCUGGAUGAAGUGGCAAAAAAUAAGACAAAAGGCAUGAUCUUAACUUCAUCAUCACCAACAGUAUUUUCUGCUGGAUUGGACAUAAUGGAAAUGUACAAACCAGACUUAAAGAGAGCAGAGAUCUUCUGGACAACAUUGCAAGAUGUUUGGAUAAAAUUAUUUGGGUCCAGCUAUGUAACUGCAGCUGCUAUUAAUGGCCAUGCACCAGCUGGUGGUUGCCUUUUAUCAAUGUCCUGUGAAUAUAGAGUUAUGGUGGGAGGUAAAUACACUAUUGGUCUUAAUGAGACAGCUCUUGGCAUAGUAGCACCCACUUGGUUCAUGGAUACAAUGUGCCACACUAUACCCACUAGACAGGCUGAAUAUGCUUUAACCACUGCCCGGAUGUUCACAGUAGAUGAAGCUCUAAAGGUUGGUCUAAUUGAUGAAUCUGCCAGUGAUAAAGCAGAUGCCAUUGAUAAAUGUAAAAAGUUUAUUAGGAAAUUCGAUAAAAUCCCUUCAUUAGCCCGCGCAGUAACCAAACAAAAAAUAAGAGAGGGACCUUUGGUGCGAUUGCAGAAUAAUCGCCAACAAGACACCGCAGAGUUUCUUGGAUUCCUCAAGAACCCUAAAAUCCAACAAAGUCUAGAAAUGUAUAUACAGUCCUUAAAGCAAAAAGCUGCCAAAUAA